GGAGCAUACAUGUGGACGGUACCCAUCAGCCAGCGACUGGCACUGGCAGGCAAAGAUGGCGGCCAUAGCGAUGGGCAAGGCGUCCAGAUGCGCAGAGAUGCGCUGCUAUUCCCCAAUCCACACGCCCCCCUCUUGUUCAAGAGGAAACGCCCAGGACGGAAUUGCAACAAGGAGCUGAUGUGGCAGUGAUAUCCUCAACCAACAGUCUUCCCAUGCAUCUUCGGGCGAAUAGGAUAAAUACGAGGGCUGCGCGUGUCCACUCACCAAUUUGAUCAGUUUGCCGUCCGUCUUUGCUUCCAGAGAUAUUCUACAGGUACAGGCGCACAUAUCCUCUUCUGGCUACCCUGCCUCCUGCCAGCUCUAUCUGCGCUCCUUUUCCUCCACGCUAGCCCUUUCCAAGCUCCCACUCCCCGGCUUCAGUUCCAUGAUCGACGUACAGCCGACCAACGCUGACGCGCAACCGCUCAAUAGCUAUAACGUUGCCCAGCUCCAGUUUGCUCUAUCGACAGCCACUGACAGUCCUCCUUCCCUCUAAACAGCGAAGACUCCAAGAACGCCCAGAUCGACCCGCUCGCGUUUGACGUUCGUCUCCUCGACCACCUCUCUGGCGAGGCUUCUCCCGCGGUAGUCUCUGUGCAUACCCCAGACGCCGAGAUCGACUACUACUCACGGCGCAUGUCAAGCUCGGCCGCGUCUGACAGCAGCUUUCAGUCACGUCCAGAUAAGCGUGGUCCGUCCCCGUCAGAUUCCCCCAACCCGAAAAAGCUCCGCCCUUCCCUCGAUCCCAGUGCUUGGUCCAACACCAACACGCCCUCGCCUCAGCCACUCGAAGACCAUUCUGCUUUGAGUAGUCCUCGUGUCCAACUCCCUUCUAUUGCUUCCACCUUCCAGGACCGCCACGAAACGCGUCGCGCGUCGCUCCCGACUCUUUAUCCCGAGUCGAACCGUCUUCGUCUCCCUCAGCCAAAUCACCGUCCCUCGCAGUCGGCGUCUGGUCUUUCUGCAUAUCAAUUCCCACCUCCCGAGGAGGACAAACUAUCUUCGCGCCCACGCCUCGAGAUCAGCAGCGGUCUAUAUAGUGACUACACACUCUCGAGUUCCCCCUCGUUUUCGUUCCCCUCGCAGUCUCCCCUCUCCUCCGCAGACUACAAAACACCGUCGUCGGGUCUGAGUGUGGCCGACGAUCAUUGGGCGUCUGCAGGCAUCGUCCGACCCAACUCGACUCCGGGUCAUUUAGCCGGAGCGCUUUCGCCGUCGAUAAAAUACGAGGACAGUCUCCGGCAUUCGUCACUGAGUGGUCCAGGCUCGCAACAACAAUUGUUUGGAGGGGUCACACGUAUUUCGGGACAACAUCACCAUUCCGAUCGCGUUAAUUCCGCUCGCAACGGCCUUGGGAGCAUGCCUGGUAUUAAAACGGAGUCAGACUGGAAUUUCCCCAACGCGGACUAUCCCAUGAGUGCCUCCUCGACCACAUCUUCUGGUCUCGCGUCGGCGACGUCUACGGCCCCGGCCAUGUCAGUGGGCUCUUCUCCAACGCGCUCUCCGCAGGCGCCGGCCCCAUCCUUGGUUGAGCGGCAGCCCCGGAAGCGUGGGAAGCUGCCAAAGCCGGUGACAGACUUCUUGAAGGACUGGCUGCACAGACAUUCAGACCAUCCAUAUCCGUCCGAGGAGGAGAAGAAGCAGCUCUGCCACGCCACUGGCUUGAGCAUGUCUCAGGUCUCAAACUGGAUGAUCAAUGCUCGCAGACGUAUUCUCGCUCCUGCUCACCGUGCAGCUCAGGGCCCCACUACCACCACGCCCUUCUCUUCGCGUUCCGGGCCUCUCAUCGACACCGGUCGCAGGGCUUCCAUGCCUACUGAUACCCUUCAGUUGUAUUACCCCAUGACCCUUCAGCCCUUUGAGCAUGGCAUGUCUUCCACUCGUCAAAUGGUAGGCAUGACUCGCAGUCUCAGCAGCCAUUCUAGCGUCGGUAGCCUCUCUGCCACCGCCAGCCACCAUCAUCCGUAUGAUUCUUCCUAUGCAAGCAACCGUUUAUCCUACCCAAGCGGAGUCUCCACUUUACAUCCUCAUGCCCAGUCCCACAGCUCAAGUGGAUCCCAUAGCAAUGGAGGAUCUGCUGGAUAUCUGAGCGUCCCGAUGAGUGCGCCUGCCAUUUCGAACCCCAACCCGUUCUUGGGCUCACAGCCGCAUCAACAGCAAUCCCUGUAUUCCAAUUCGACCCCUUCGAACAACAACCAUCACAACAGCAGCGGCAACAGUCCUUAUAUGCAUAGCUCUAGUCACGGUCAUCAUUCGCCUUCCGGGUCCAGCGGCGGUGGAAGAGUCUUGACUCCGCACGAGGAGAGAGAGUAUCAUGGAUCGUCGAGGUAUUCUUUCCCUGAGCAUUCGUCAUCUCCUCAGCCUGGAUCGGGAUUCGGGACCCCUCAGUAGAAUGGACUCCCGCACGUCUCUUGCAUUCUCAUCGCCAUCGUCUACUUGCUGGCUCAAGUUGUUCUCUUCCUGUAUUUGCUUGUCCUGAAAAGGGGAUUCAUCGUUCAAACGUCGGAAAAGUGUUAAAAUUUUUUGGUUUCCGGCUCUUCGUUGCUACUGUCUUGCCUCUUUUCUAUUGGACUUGUGUGGACAACGUCGUAACAUACGAAGCCAUCCCUAGUACCUCGCUACCGUGAGGCUAACGUCAUCCCUUCUUGCUCUUGGCAUCAUCUUUGCUAUCCCGUGCCCUUGUUAUUCACCCUUUCUCUUGUCUCCAGUCAUCUUGUACUACUUGCUCGGUCGCGAAGGACUUCCACUCUAUCUGUAUUACGUACCUUACUGUAUGAUAAGUAAUCCGUUUCCUCUCUCUCGUCCACGCCACUAGACCUCUCUCCUUCUCUUUCUUGUCGUCGCUCUGCUCUGUGAUUAUUAGUAAUUCCAAUAUACAGGCUUUGUAGCAUGUUCCUUUCCUUUUGCAACCUCUCCGGGGCGGAUCGCGUUCAGCUCCGGGAUUCCUUGUUCUAUC